AUGUCGCUCAGUGCCCUCGAGGGUGCAGAGGGUGAACGAGACCUGAGGCCCCGUGAGAAGGUGCCGGGAAAUUUUGAGAUCGUGAACAUGGACAUGAAGUUGGGCUCAACCCUGAAGAUCAGAGGAGAGGCGGGCAGAGGCGUAGGAUUUGCCCUUAAUCUGGGCCAGGGGUCAUCUAAAGUGGACCUGCAUUUCAACCCACGCUUCCAUGAAUCUGUCAUCGUCUGCAACUCACUGGAUGGCACCUGGGGGGAGGAGCAGAGGGAUGGUCACAUGUGCUUCAGCCCAGGGUCAGAGGUCAAGUUCACCGUGACCUUUGACAAUGACGGAUUCAAAGUGAAGUUGUCAGACGGGCACCAGUUGACCUUUCCCAACAGAAUGGGCCACAGCCACCUGAGCUACCUGAGCAUACAGGGUGGGUUGAGCAUCACCUCCUUCAAGAUCGACUGA